AUCUAUGAAUCAUAACACACACACACAAAAAAAACCUCUCUGAAUGAACUCUUUCAUCCAGUUUUCUUUGUGCUGAUUCCUCCUACAGCCUCGUUCCUCUCCACCGUCUGAUCUGCUGUCAGGAAAGCCCUGGAGGAAAAUUCUCUGUCUGGGCGGAGCUUCAACUUUCGGGACCUUGUUCGAAAAAACUCGACCCAGCACAGUUUCUCCUCUGCUGCCAGCGGUGGCUCUGAGGCUUCAGGACUUCCAGUUGGAGCCGCCAACAGAGAACCUCAUGGCUCUCUUCAAGUUUCUGUGCGCCGUCAUCACCAGGGCGAUGUUCAUCUUCGUGUCUCUGGCGGGGGUCUGGAGGGUGACAGGGGUGAAGAAGGACCCCACAUUCUGGCUCCUGACUUUCCUCUUCUUGCCGCUCGUUGUUGAGAUGAUCAUUACUCUGAAGAGGAGGAAAGGACAAGACUACAAAUGGUUCUCUCCUCCCAUCUUUCUGUUCCUCAUCAGUAUCAUUCCCUCCAUCUGGAUCCUGGAGCUUCAUCACCGGGAGCACAAAGUCAGCAAGCCUCAGUGCAACAAGUUCGACUCUGAUACUCUGAAAAAUGUUUGGAACCAGACCCCGAGAAACUCCAGCUUCCCCAGUUCCCUACAGGAACUUGAGCGUGUGUUGUCGUCCUUCUGCCCCAAUGACUGGAUCCUGGCUCUCCAUCAGAUCCUGCUCAUCCUCGUCAUCGUGGGGAAGUGGCUCCUCCCGCGGGGCGGCGGAAUCUCCAGAGACGAGUUAUCUCAGCUUCUUCUCAUUUUCGUUGGCACGGCGGCGGACAUCCUCGAAUUCACUAGCGAGACGCUGUCAGAUCUCCAAGACGAGAGCCUUCAGCUGGUCUACAUCAUCUUGGGGGUAUGGACUUGGAGCAUGCUGCAGUUUCCCCUCCAUCUGGCCGUGGUGAACUCCAAGAAAGACAGCGAGGGCGAUGAAGGCGUUGAGGAGACGUCCCUGUUGAGUAAACACGGCACCGACAUAUGGAGCGUCGUGGAGGCCCUGUUCAUCCAGGACGGGCCUUUUCUGGUGGUCCGGCUCACCGUCAUGGCCCACUACAAGGUCUUCCACCAGAUGCUGGUUUUCUUUGCCAUUAAGAACUUCCUGGUGGUGAUUCUGAACUUCUACAGGUUGGUUGUUAUAUGUCAGGACUUCAGAUCUUCCAGGAGGAGCAGCGGGACGAGCUGCACCACCCCGUGAUCCGACUCUGGGAGCACGGAGAUUCGUUCCACCCAACAUUUUACGACUGCAGACUCGUAAAGAACGGCAGUUUGGAGCAGGGAAAGAAAGAAACGCUUGGUUUCUGUUUUCUCCUCGCAAUUUACUCAGCUGUGUGGAAUCAAUCUGUUGUGAAUAAAUAAUGCUGUUGGAAGCAGAGAAA